AUGGCGUCCUCUCCGCCCUCGCCGUCCCCCGCCGCGCUCAUCGCGCAUCUCGCCGCGGUGCUCUCCUCGCCGGACUGGCGCUUCCACCCCUCGCUCCCGCAACUCCCUGCCCUCCUCGCGCCGUCCCUACCCCGCACACACCUCGUCCCGCUCCCGCUCCGCCUCGCGGCCGCAGUCGCCCGCGCCGCCGCGCCGUCCCGCCACCUCCUCGACAUCUCACUCCCGGUCAUGCUCCGCCUCCACGCCCUCUCCCCGCCGCCGCUCCGUCCACUUUUCGACCGCCCCUUCCGCUCCCUCCUCACCCACUUCUCCCGCUACGCGCUGACGCCGCUGAUGCUCCGGCUAUUCGCCCACAUGUACCACCACGCCCCACCUGCACCUACGGGUGCUACCUACAAUGCACUCAUCCGUGCCCUCUGCCGCCGCGCCGAUCUCCGCCACGCCCAACGGUACCUCAGCCUCAUGGUCCGCUCCGGUUGGCGCCCGGACGCGUUCACGUUCAACUCCCUGAUAUUGGGUCACUGCCGCACGCAGCAGCUGGAAGUGGCCCAAGACUUGUUCGACAAAAUGCCGUUGAGAGGGUUUUCACAAGAUGUGGUUGCUUACGCUGCUCUGAUCGAAGGAUUUUGUGAGGCAGGGAGGAUUGAUGAGGCCCUGGAGUUGUUCAGGGAGAUGGGGCAACCAGACAUGUACACACACGCAGCCUUGGUAAAGGGGCUGUGUGAUGCCCAGAGAGGGGAGGAGGGUCUAUGUAUGCUGCAGAAGAUGAAGGAGCUGGGAUGGAGGCCAACCACUCGUGCUUAUGCAGCACUGGUCGAUUUAUGGUGCAGGGAGCGGAAGGCUGAAGAGGCUGAGAAAAUGCUGAAUGAGAUGUUUGACAAUGGGUUGGUGCCUUGUGUUGUAACAUGCACUGCUGUCGUGAAUGCCUACUGCAGGGAGGGGAGGAUGAGUGAUGCAGUGAGGAUGUUUGAAUCCAUGAAGUUGAAAGGGUGUGAACCAAAUGUCUGGACAUACAAUGCAAUGGUGCAAGGUUUCUGCAAUGUUGGGAAAGUGUACAAAGCAAUGGCUUUGUUGGACCAGAUGAGAGAAUGUGGAGUAGAGCCAGAUGUUGUGACAUACAAUUUGUUGAUUCGAGGCCAAUGCAUUGAUGGGCAUAUAGAGAGUGCUUUCAGAUUACUCCGUUUGAUGGAAGGAAAUGGUUUAGCUGCUGAUCAGUACACUUACAAUGUGUUGAUUGAUGCUCUGUGUAAGACUGGGAAAGUUGAUGAAGCUUGCUCUCUUUUUGAUGGCCUAGAAUAUAGAGGCAUAAGACCUAAUUCUGUGACAUUCAAUACGGUGAUAAAUGGGUCAUGCAAGGGUGGUAAAUUCAAUGUUGCUUGCACGUUUUUGGAAAAGAUGGUUUCAGCAGGUUGUGCACCCGAUACCUAUACAUAUAGUCCAUUCAUUGAAAAUCUAUGCAAGACGAAGGGAUCACGAGAAGGAUUUUCCUUUAUAGAUGAGAUGCUACAAAAGGAUGUCAAGCCUUCGACGGUUAAUUAUACAAUUGUAAUUGACAGACUUUUCAAGGAGAGGAACUAUGGAUUAGCCACAAGAACUUGGGGGCAAAUGGUGUCACUGGGGUGCAGUCCUGAUGUUGUCACUUAUACUACUUCUGUGCGUGCAUACUGCAAUGAAGGCAGGCUUGAUGAAGCAGAAAAUGUUGUGAUGGAGAUGAAAAAGGGUGGGAUCAUUGUAGAUGCAAUGGCAUAUAACACUUUGAUUGAUGGCCAUACAAGUAUUGGGCAGACAGAUCAUGCCGUCACAAUCUUGAAGCACAUGACGGGUGUUGCUUCAAUGCCAAAUCAUUUUACCUUUUUUAUCUUGCUUAGACAUCUUUUACAGAGGAGGCUAGCAGAACACGUACCAUUGAAAACAACUUCUGUGUGGAAGACUAUAGAGCUUGCUGAUGUCUUUGAAUUAUUUGAGCUUAUGAAGAAGAACAGCGUUCCUUGUAGUGCAAGAGCUUAUUUGGCCAUCCUUGAGGGGUUUUCUGAAGAUAGAAGAUUGGAUGAGGUGACUUCCUUGGUUUCUCGUAUGAAAGAAGAUAAUCUACCUCUGAAUGAAGAUAUAUGCACUGCUCUUGUUAAUUGCUUUUGCAAAUUGAGGAUGUAUCCUGAUGCUUGGGCAUUGCUUUGCUCCAUGAUUGGACAUGGUUUUUUACCAAACUUAAUAUCUUAUCAGCAUCUGCUUUCUGGGCUUACUGCUGAAGAACAAGCAGAUAGGGCUAAAGAAAUAUUCAGAGGUUCAAGAUGGAAAGAGUACAAUACCGAUGAAAUUGUAUGGAAGGUUAUAAUUGAUGGCUUGGUAAGAAAGGGUCAUCCAGAUAUGUGCCAUGACAUGAUAUCCAUAUUAGAACAGAUGAAAUGCAAACCAAGUGAUGAAACGUUCUGUGCAUUGCAGCAGCAGCUCGUGUCCAUCUCCUCUAUCUCAGGUAAGCAGCAUAGCAGCAGGUUGGUGGCUAGCUGCAGUACAACAACAGCAGCCCAAUUCAGUUUCAGGUUUGCAUUGUUGGUGCGAUUCAGAGCAACAAGCAAGUUGGUCAAAUGCAGAUCGAGCAGCAGACCGCCGCCUAAUCCUCCAACAUCCAGCGCGGCGGUCACAUCCAGCCCUUCGGAAGCACGCUCGCCGUCGCCGCUGGCUCCUACCUCCUCGCCUUCUCCAAGAACGACGUCGACCUGCUCGACCUGCCGCCACACCACCUCGUUCCUGGCUCGACUCCGCGACGCGGCCCGCCGUUUCCCUGGGUGCCCAUGCGUGCCUCCUCUUCUCGCACGGGCAGGGGAUGGAGAGGAUGAGGAGGCGGUGGCGCUGCUCGUUGCCAGUUCAUCGGAGGAGAUGGCGCUGCUCGUCGGCCAGCACGUUGGAGGAGGAGGUGGAGCUGCUCGUCGGCGUGCGCCGUGA